CCAUGCUGAGAGGUUCAGUAGAUAGACACAGAGGAAAAGAAAAAGGAAAGACAGAAAGCACCUGCUCCCUAUUUAUUUCUUGGUACAUGUCUUGUUCUUUACUGCUUCUUCCUCUCAUUCAUCUAUUCUUUCCUUCCUCUUCUUCUGUGCUUUUACAGACUCAGGUGAGAGAUGGGAUGUGGAAAUUCCUCACAAGCCACCAACAGCAGCAGCAGCAGCACUGGAGGUCGUGUUGAGUCUUCAUCAAAGGUAUCAGAAGAGUCUGUGCCAGGAGAUGACAAAUGGCAGAACUAUGGAGGUGUGUAUGUGGGUUUUCCUGCAGACCUGAGCAACAUUCCUCAAGUACAGUUAGGAUCACUCAGAGAGCAUGAGAGAGACUUGUUGUCCCUCAGGAGGCCGCUGUGGGGGGACGGACUCUGAUUUUAAUGAAGAGCCAAGGUGCAACAGACGAAUGAUACAGAAGAAAGAAAGAAGAAGAAAGUGUUUGUCAUCAGGAACUUACCAAGUCUCGAAUGGGAAACAGCAGCACCCGGCGAGCUAAUCUUCUCUCCCAGCGUCCUCUGUGAGGACUUUAAUGGGAUCAGCUCCAUCUGGAUAAACUGGCUGUGGAGCCUGUUGUGUCAAACAAACUGGCUAAAGAUGUUUGUGAUUUUAUGGGAGCAGAUGUCAACCUGAACUCUUAAAAAACAGUGAUAGUUUGCAUUGCAGGUGCAGGUUUUUUAAUGGAAGCUGUGGUAGCUCUCCUUGUUGAGAGUAAGUACAGUAGUAUUAAUUUAAGCUCCGAAUAUCUUGUGCGAUUACAUGUAAAAUAUAUUGAAGGAAAGGUCCUGUGAUAUUCAGUCAAUAAAACCCAUAAAAAGACCAAAACCAACAACUGUCAGUGUGUAUCCAAGGCCUGAUUUAUCUUCUUCCUCUGUAUCAUAGAGCUCCAUUGUUG